AUGUCAGUUGAUUGUAAUUGGAUGUACCACCGACUUAGUGAAAAUGGUUAUAUAAGAGCUGAGUUCUGUGAUGGAGUUAAAGGGUUCCUUGAGUUUGCAUUUACUCAGUUAGAGUAUUGUAGUGGUGAUAAGAUUAGAUGCCCUUGUAUAAGAUGUGACAACCAGAAAUUUCUUAACCGUGAUACGGUCAAUGUUCAUCUGUUGAGAAAGGGGUUUACACCGGGGUAUUCAACAUGGUUUGCACAUGGGGAGUUACUUGGUGCAGUUGCUCUUGUAAGUACAAGUGCAGUAGAAGCAUCGACAUCAAUGGAUGUUGGUUGUGAACAUGGUCAGCAAUAUAGAACCAUGGUGAUGGAAGCUAUGGGUCCAGAAGAGGAACUUCAUUUGAGGAGUGUACUUGAAGUUAAUCAUGAGGAAGAGCCAAACAAGGAUGCUGCAGAUUUUUAUUCUUUGUUGAAAAAUGCAGAAGUACCUUUGUGGAAAGGGUGUAAAAAACACUCUAAGUUAUAUGCUAUUAGUCAAUUAUUAAAUUGCAAGUCUGAAUUUAAUAUGAGUAUAUCUUGCUAUGAUCGAAUCAUGAAAAUAGUGAAGAAUAUGUUGCUGGAAAGUGAGAAGUUGCCCCCUGAUUUCUAUCAAUCAAAGAAGAUGCUUCGAAAGUUGGGAUUGGAGUAUACAAGUAUUAAUGUUUGUGAGAAUAAUUAUAUGCUAUUCUAUAAGGAAACAGAGAAUUUGAUUGAGUGUACUAUUUGUGGUCAUCUUCGAUAUAAACUUAGAAGAAAUGAUGGUGGUGGUAGGAGAAAAGAUAUUCCUUAUAUAAGGUUGCGAUAUCUUCUAAUAACACCAAGACUUCAGAGGCUUUUUAUGUCAAGCAGAAUAGCUGAAAAUAUGUCAUGCAUGUGA